UCAGCUUCUUAUAAAUAAUACAGAACGUAGCCGAACACUUGUUAGUUUCAAUUUGUUCGUUGACAACGUUUGCUCGUUACACUAGAAAAAUGUCGAAAGUUCUAUUCACAAUCCUUGCCGUUUGCCUCGUGCAGGUAGCGUACGGUCGUGUUGCACGUGAAGAACCAACAACGGUCAAUCCAUUUUAUGCUUUAGUCCAAAAUGCUAUUGAUAUGGCUAACAGUACCUUCAAUGAAUUAAAUAAAGCCGUUUUAGACUUUAAUGGCGUUCAAAACAAUGAGCAAUUGUACAACAAAACUAAAGCCAACGUUAACACUUUUGCAGAAUCGCUACGAUCACAAAUUUCCAGCAUCAACGAAGAAACCAAACCAAUUCAAGGCAAAGCCGAUGAAUUAUUCAAAACCUUCAUUGCUAAAGGAAAUGAAAUUGUUGAAAAUUUGAAAUCCAAAAACCCCGAAAUUUUCUCUGGUGAUCUCAAGAAAUUACAAAGUGUCGGUGAAAAUGCAUUGCGAACUAUAGCCGACGAAUCAGAAAAGUUGCGCUCACGAUUGCAAGCUGCUGGCCAUGAAAUCACACCACAAAUCGAACAAAAUCUCAAAAAAAUCAACGAAGCCGUCAUUAAAAGUGCACAAGACUUUAAAACUCAAGCCGAAAGCACCUUAAACUCAAUUUCAAAGAAGAAUUAAACGAUUUUAUUAUAUAACCAUUUUACAUUCAUUCAAAUCAAGCAUGUGUAUUACGCUCAUGUCAAUAGAUCAUGAUAUAUGAAGAAAAAAAAUAAAGCCGAAACUUUUACUUUUAUUAA